UAAACAUAAAAAAAAUGUGAGAGGAGUAUAUGAAUUUUCAUUGAUAUCUACUCCUCUCUCCUCCUUCUCUGUAUCAUCAUCAUCAUCAUCAUCAUCAUCAUCAUCAUCAUCAUCAUCAUCAUCAUCAUCAUCAUCAUCAUCAUCAUCAUCAUCAUCAUCAUCAUCAUCAUCAUCAUCAUCAUCAUCAUCAUCAUCAUCAUCAUCAUCAUCAUCAUCAUCAUCAUCAUCAUCAUCAUCAUCAAAUGCAUCAUAA